GGAUUUGGGAUGAGCCCGAGGCUGUGCCUUGUCUUGCAGCUUCCCCGUCAGAGCCGAAGGAUGUCCUGCUGUGUCCCCAGCUGCGGGGUGGCCACCCCGGCCCCUCUGGCCGACACCUGCAACGAGCCCUGCGUGCGGCAGUGCCCCGACUCCACGGUGGUGAUCCAGCCCCCGGCCUCGGUGGUCACCUUCCCCGGGCCCAUCCUCAGCUCCUUCCCGCAGCAGAGCUCCGUGGGCUCGGCAGGAGCUCCCUACGUCGGGGGCGGCUUCGGCGGCUCCUCUGGACGCCGCGGGGGCUCCGGGG